AUGGUCUGGGACAACCCCAAUGGGCAGCAAAUUGGCUGGGGGGUUUAUCUAUCCACAGGCCCGGGAGAGUGGAAGGGCUAUGAAUGGAACUGCGCUAUCUGGGCCGAUCUUGACAAGUGGGAGGCGGCGCCCAAAGCAUGGAUCCCGGAGGAAGACGAAUGCGGCAAUUCCCUUCUUCAACCAAAGAGCGAAUUUGCGCGUAACAAAUAUGUCGAGAGUUUGGGGCUUGAUCCAGAGAAGACAGUCUUUAUAUCACCUGUCUAUGACCACCACGAUCCAGUAUACCAGGUUCUGGUAAAGCCAAACAUGUUGAAGGGGAAGGCAAAUGACAUGGGAAUUGGAGCCACCUGUGCGAAGAAAACAGUCUCACCAGACGGAGAAACUGAAAAUCUCCACCUGGAUGUGACUGUACCUGCCGACUGGCGGAGUUGGGUCAUUGAGGGUCGUCCCGAAGAUCUCUGA